CACAUUGGAGUGGAGCCUCUUUCUAUAAAGGGCGAUUAGCAUCCGAGCUCAAACUUUGCUACCAAGUUAGUAACUUUCUCCAUCUGCAGACAUGUGCACUGGAAAAUGUUCCCGCUGCAUUGCUAUUACUCUGUACCCACUAGUAGUCAUAUCUAUCAUCUGUAACAUCGUGCUGUUCUUCCCUGAUGGGAACGUCACCUAUGACAAAGACGGACAUAUUACCGAGGAGGUGAAAUACAUGGGGGGACUCAUUGGAGGGGGCGUACUGGUGUUGCUACCAGCACUGUACAUUCAUUUAACUGGUAAAAAGGGUUGCUAUGGAAAUCGCUGUGGGAUGUUCUUAUCAAUUGCAUUUGCUGCAGUGGGUGUUGCUGGAGGCCUGUACAGUAUAAUUGUUGCAGUACUUGGUUUGCAGAAUGGGCCUCUCUGCAAAACCGGACUGGUCUGGACAACGCCUUUUAAAGAACUCACAGAUGACAGCCACUACCUGAUGGACAAGACAUUAUGGAGCUUAUGCACAGAGCCUAAGAACAUUGUGGAGUUCAACCUUGGACUGUUCGGCACUCUGCUGGCCACAAGCUGCCUGCAGGUGAUCCUCUGUGCCACACAGAUGAUCAACGGGCUCUUCGGCUGUCUGUGUGGAACCUGCAAUAAGGAAGCUCAGAUCGCCUAAAAAAUUUAUAAAUUAAAAAAAUAAAAAAGGUAAAAAUGAUUUACUUCUCAGAUUUAUGUAGUGACAAUUCAGACUUCACCUCUUCUCUCUGGAUUAUUAUGUGGUUAUUUUUUUAUGUAUUCAUUAAUUCACAUAAUCUGAGAGUUUCUGACAGUUGAUGGGCGCCCCCUGCUGGAUGAAUGACGAUAAACUUCAUGUCUGCAUAAAACAUUCUCUUUGAAGUUGCACCGUUUAAUAAAAUAACUUUUUAUGUA